AAAUAGUUCUUUCAUUUGAAAUUCAGAUGUUUGCUGCUUUAUUUGUUUUAUUAUAUAUUGUAUUUAAUAGCAAAAUCAACAGUAAUUUGAUUUGUCAAGUGCAAAGCAAUACCUUGUAUCUUUAAUAAAUUCUCAGAUUUGUGUUCCCAUAAUUGUAGUAAUAAAAUAAGUCAUACUCAAGGAGGCUGUCUCUGUAAACUAUAACUCACAAAUAAACUGCCACCUCUGGUUGUUUACAACUGGGUUAAAUGCGUCAUUAAUGGUGUUCUUGAUUUAGAGCAACAGAUGAAGUGAAAGCCAUACGACUAACUGCUGAACUAUCACAAGCCAUAACGGUCUGAGACAAUUAUCCUCACUGUUUUUAAAACGCAGUGCUGUGCUUAGUAUUGAUGAGAAUCCUGUGCUCCGGUUGUCAGCGUGUCAGUCACACACUUUGUUACUGUGAGGAGAAAAUGUGUAGGCUCUGUCUAAAGACAAACUACAUGAAGAUGGAGGAGGAGGAGACAGACAUUUUGCCUGUCAGAGACUAAAAAAAAAGGAGCAUCGGGCAAACUACAGACAACUGUGGCUGCGAUCAGACGUAUAAGUGCUUCCUAAAUCAAAGGGGUCAUCCUGCUGUCAGAUAUACAAAAAGAGACAAAGACAUGACUGGAAGCAAAGCUGGGUAUUGAUUGUGACUGAGUGCUCUACCUACUUGGAGCAUACAGCCCCUGCUCGCAGCAGAGGAGGGGAAAGAGAAAAUAACCUCUACCUAGGAGGGAGGCAAUUGCCACAGAGAGAUAGAGAGCAAGGGGAGAAAUCCUCUUCCUCUCUCUCGACCCAUCUCGUCUUCAGGCUGGCGGGCUCAGCCAUGGCAUUCACCUUUGCGGCCUUCUGCUACAUGCUCACCUUGGUGCUGUGCGCUGCCCUCAUCUUCUUCGUCAUAUGGCAGAUCAUUGCAUUUGAUGAGCUUCGCACAGACUUCAAAAACCCCAUUGAUCAGAGCAAUCCCACCAGAGCGAGGGAAAGGAUUCUCAACAUUGAAAGAAUCUGCAACCUGCUCCGCAGAUUGGUGGUACCGGAGUACUCGAUCCACGGGCUCUUCUGCUUGAUGUUCAUGUGUGCUGCAGAGUGGGUCACACUUGGCCUAAAUAUUCCACUUCUCUUCUACCAUCUCUGGAGGUUUUUCCAUCGGCCAGCUGACGGCUCAGAGGUCAUGUAUGAUCCUGUCAGUGUGAUGAACGCAGACAUUCUCAAUUACUGCCAGAAGGAGUCCUGGUGUAAGCUAGGCUUUUAUCUGCUCUCUUUCUUCUAUUAUCUCUACAGGUCAGUACAAAUUCAUAAUCUUGUCAAUACACAGUUGCUUGAUUAGGUUUCAGUGAUGGCUUUCAGAUUUCUUGCAAUGUUCUGUGACCUUGGUUGCAAAAGAGCAGCACAAUUACUGUUUUCUCCGUAUUUUCCAUCUGUUGCUACGGACUUUUUCCUGCUGAAGUAUGGUCUACGCCUUGAUAAGCUUCUAGCAGACAGGAUAUCUGGAGAAAUAAAAGGAAGUAACAGUAAGAAAGACUCAGAGGAACAAAUGGAGAUAUAAACUCUUCCUCUCUCCACGUAACUUUCCCAACACUGGUUUGGGUUGCCAACAUUCUAAAAUUGGACACACACAAGAAGACUAAUCUGAGUGAUCAUUUGAAUGAUAAGGACUUGAUUGUAUCACUUUGAUCCAUACACUGCUGUUGGAAGACUGGACAAAGUUUUAAAGGAAUAAAACAAAACAGAACGAGGACGCAUCAGGUGUGUUGCCUUUGACCCAUUAUACGAAUCAACAGUACAUCUCUGAAGGGCUGGAGUUUUCCCAUGCUGCUCUUAUUGAUCCAGUUGCUCAACUCACUGUGAAUCUCCCAACACUUAGGGGCUGGACAAAUUAAAUAAUAUGUCUGUAUUCUUUGACUUUGAAAAUGUGCUCAGAGCAGGGUUGUUUUAGUAAGAUUACAUGUGCUUAAGAUGAGAGACAUCUGUAAUACCAAACCACUGCUUUGAUUGUGUUAGACGUACAUAUAACUGUAAGAAACAGGUUAGCUUGUAUAGGAGGACUUUAAAGCACUGUAAGAAAUGUACACAGCUGGCAGGGGAAUAGAGAUGAACCAACACAACAUCUCCUUGAAGCCAUCCCCUACCAAAAGUCCCAUCUCGCACUGUAUCUAAACAAAAGGAAUAAUUAUAACUUUAACUGCAAGGGUCAGUGCUUGUGAUGUACAUUUCAUAAUAAGUAUGUCCAUAGCUGUAAGGAUGUAUUUUAGCUACAGGUUAAUGCUUUCCAAAGAGUUUCAUGCUCAGACAUUUAAUGCCAAAAUCUAUAUCUGAAAAAAAUAUUGUGCCAAAUUAAACGUCAAUCGGAGCAAGUGAAAAGAAAGUGUGGCUUUUUCAACUAUAUGCUAAGGCCCUGUCAAACCUGUUCUUUAUUUUCACUUUCUGUAACACACAUUUCAUUUUGGCACAAUGUUUUUUUAAUUGAUGAAAAAUUGAAAAAACAUGUAGAUCUGUUGUGGGUUUCUUUUAGUGACCUUUUUCCAGUUUAUUCUAACUUAUCAGCCUCUAUACUAUUGUCGUUUUUAGCACAGCAACUUUUCUCUGAUAUGAGGUAGAAUUUUGCAAUCUCAUGUACAAAAAGCAAUUAAAAACAGCAAACAAGCAAUGUGAUUCGAUUGAGAAGACUUAUCCAUGCAGUGUUAUUUGUGUAUGUAAUAAUGGCGAGUGGGAUACAAGUGGCAGACGAGACAAUUAAUGCCUAUGACAAUGUUUGAGUUUUUUCACAAGUGUAAAGGCAGUGAUGUCCUCAUCAACAAUCAUACAGACAGAAGUUAAAUGUUGCUGAUGAUCAAGAUUCGUAAGCAGUAAAGCCUUUCUUCGACUAGCCUUUGCUACCAUGUGUUCAUUAGUUUGAUCUAUGAGUAGAUAAGUGAUGGUUAAAAUGUGUGAUUUCAACGUCAGUAGAAAAGACAGAAGACACUGGAGCCCGAAAACAAGCUGUGUUUGUCAUACGCCAGAAAAUUCAUUGAUGCAAGUUUUUGUAUCACCUAUAUUCAGGAUUUUCAUUCAACCCUAAAUGCAGAUCCCAGUUAAAUAAAUAUUAUUACUAUAUCUACAGAAAUCAUUUUCAAAUUGUGUGUUUGUUAGCGUAUGACAGGCCCAGCUACAUUUCAAUUGGAAGCAGACAUAGAAUAAGGCUGGCCGAUUUAUAUAUAUUUAGCUGGUGUCAAUAAAUCCAUUGAAAAGACUUGAUACACCUAUUCUGUCUGUGGCCCUUGGCCCCAAAAUGUGUAAUAAAAGUGUGAAAGAGGUUAAACAUAUAUUAUUUAACCUUGAAAGGUAAAUAGUUGCCAAGCUGGGCACUAUUGUUUUCAGAAGAUGUCACUAAUAGAAAUGACAAUUAGAGCAUUUCACAGGGCCUAUUUGUAGCAGCCGAUUGAUACACAUUGCUGCACUAGUGAGUAUUCACGAGUGACUUUAUUUGCAGCAGGAUCCUGAUCCAGCACACAUCCUUCCUAUCUUAAUGGUCUUUUCAAAGGAUUUGUUGACAUAUAAAAUAUCCCCAUUCUUGUCUUUUUAAAUGAUAUUCAUUACCAAUUAAACAAGGUUAAUGCACACACAUUGCUUUCAAACAAUAUUCAAAUGUACAUGCUUCACCUUCCAGGACAAAUAAAACCUUCAGUGUGGAAGAUUCUCAAGUUGGAAAUGUUACAUUCUUGAUCCCUUCAGAAAUGAUAUUCCACCAGUUAAGGGAUCUCUGAGGUAGA